AAACAAAAAAAAUGUCCAAAGUCGAAAAUGUGGAACCAUUGCUGAAGGAUCACAAGCUGUCGGCGUUUCGAAAUCCGGAUUGUCUCCGCAAUUUUGUCAACAACCCGUUGCUCUCAGACAUUACCUUUAGGGUCGGUUCUAGUGGUGCAAUCAUUUAUGGGCAUGCGUUCCCGUUGGUAACAGCCAGCACGGUCUUUUACCGAAUGAUUACGAAACUGUUAAAAGACCCGGAAGAGGAUGUGGUGGUCCCGGAUAUAGAACCUGCCACAUUUGUGGAAAUGCUAAAAUUUGCGUAUUAUGGUGAACCGACCCUGAGUGCGCAAAAUCUGGUAUCUGUAUACUAUGCUGCCGAAAAGUAUGAAUUACUAGGUUUGCUGGAACGUUGCCUGCGGUACAUCAAAAAGGAAGAAUCUGCCGUGCUGAAAAUUUAUAUGACUACAAACGUGCCUUACAAAGUGGAAGAAGCGUGUUUGGCCAUUAUUUGUCGUAAUCCUUUUGUGUUGUUCCGAAGUCCGGAUUUUGUGAAUUUGUUUUUAGAGAAGUUGGAAACGAUCUGCUCUUGUUCAGAGCUACGCUGCAAUGAGGAUCAGUUGAUUGCUGCUGUAAAAACAUGGCUCAAUCAUAAAUCCGAAGCGCUCCAGCGUGGAACCUUCGAAAAAUUGCUGAAUAUCGUUCGGAAUCGUAAGCAACGAUGGGAGGAUUACCAUUGUAAGAAACGAACAGCUUUUGGGCAAAUGUCUUACACAACGAAUCGAUGUGAAGACAUAUUUCUGUUGACAGCUCGUAAAGAUUUACUACUUUUUGGAGUAGGAAUGUACAUUGGAUGCAAGGAUAGCAAACUACCGAUGUUAAUAUCGGUUGACCUAAUGUCGAACGAAGAAUACAUCCGAAAUUGCCAGGCAUAUGUUACGCCUAAGGAGGAUGUCUUCAUUUAUGACCUUAUGUUUGAAAAACUGACGCUGAAAGAGGGUUCGCAGGUAACCGUUAUUUGCAAAGGACCUCAAACGGAUGACACUAAAUUGGCAAAAUUUGCAUUGUUCAACCAAACCUUGGACUGGACUGGAGAUUCUUCGGUGUUGAAACUGGAAUCAUCGGAAUUGGGGCACACAGCGAUAGCUUCCAUUUACUUUCAGGACGUAGCUGAUGAGAUAUUGAUAUAAAUUUAAUUUUUUCUGCAGGUCAUUUUUUUUUUAAAUUCAAGAAAUAUGUAAAAGAAUUGUUAAACU